CAUUCUUUAUUCAAAUGAUAGAAAAACUAGCAGAGCAUUCGUUUUUGUUGCAUUAAUUAACACUAUCUAGUAUGUUAUUUGGUGGUGGUUGAAAUAGUUAUUCAAGAACUGUACAACAAAAUGAGACCUUGAGUUAAUUGUUCGACAUGAACAAUACAACGAAAUUCUGCACCUUGGGAGCCUUCCAAAAAGGCUACGAAGAAAUCCACGGUCCCUUAAGUCUGUCAGUGUGUGUCUUCGGUUCCAUAGCCAAUAUCCUCAACAUCUGUGUCCUCGCAACCAAAGAAAUGAGAUGGCCUACCAAUCUGAUCCUUACAGGACUAGCAGUAGCCGAUUUGUUGGUUAUGUUGGAGUACAUACCGUUUUCGUACUUGCGGUACUUCGAUCUGGACAGCAGGAAGACCAUCGCCCACUAUUCUUAUAGCAUGGCGGCCUUCACCAUGUUUCAUGCCUUCUUCAGUCAACUGUUUCACUUCAUUGCCGUCUGUUUGACUGUCAUUUUGGCCGUUUGGAGGUAUUUGGCCAUCACCAGCCCGCAUAAUAGCAGGUACUGGUGCGACGUCACAAAAACGGUCUACGUGAUAAUCUUCACCUACCUAGCCUGCCCCUUAGUAUGCCUUCCCCUCCUCAUAUCCCUCAAGCUGGAAGCUUUCAACCAAACUUGCGAUUCAACCGGUAGAAUCUUCAACAACAAAACAGACCUUCUCCAACCCAACGAGACCUACAACGAGGCCACUCUGUACGUCACCCAAUACUCCACCCAGGACUACGCCAACAUCAGCUUCUGGCUGUACGGGGUGGUCAUUAAAUUAGUGCCUUGCAUACUGCUGACGCAUUUGUCCUGCAAGCUCAUCCUGAAGCUGCUGGAGACCAAGAAGAGGAAAAACAAGCUGCUGCAUCGGGAUGUGCCUAUGAAAGUGGUGGGGGAAGCGAAGCCGAUGGUGACUGCUACACGGAAGAAGGAUAGACAGGCUGAUAGGACUUCCGGGAUGCUGGUGGCUGUAUUGUUGCUGUUUCUCAUUACUGAAUUCCCGCAGGGCAUUCUGGGAUUGCUCGGGGCCAUCAACGGGAAGCUGUUCCAGAUUGAGUGCUACAAUCCAUUGGGAGACGUAAUGGACAUUUUGGCUCUUACCAACUCGGGAAUCAACUUCAUUCUCUACUGCACCAUGUCCAGACAAUUCCGAACCACUUUCCAAGAAGUUUUCAGACUGAAGCACCUGCUGAGAUUCAAUCCCUUUUCCCACUACACUAAUGGAAUUGACAAGACACAAGAAAAAACGCAAAUAUCCGCCGUAUAAUACGGAUAAGAAACAGCUGAAUCGAAUGUAUACGG